CGGGCGUCCUGCACACAGCGCGGGCCAUCUCUCUUCUCGCAACUCCGGCCCCCGCCAGCGCCUCUUCACCCCCCACCAAAUGGACGCCCACACCCUUCUCCAGUGCUUUGCCGGCACGCUCGAGCCGUCGCAGGCCGUGCGGCUGCAGGCCGAGCAGCAGUUGCGGCAGCAGGCGCUCAGCCCGGGUUUUCUCGGCGCGUGCUUGGACGUGAUUGCGGCCAGCGGCGAGUCGCCGGGCCUCCAGAAAGCCGCGGCCGUGUACUUCAAGAACCGCGUGGUGCGCCACUGGACCGACGCGGGCGCGCCCAUCGACAGCGGCGAGAAGCCCGUGGUGUUGGACCGCUUUGUCGGCGUGUUGGCGGGCGUCAAAGCCACGGCCCAGACACAGCUCUUGCCCGUGUUCCGGACGCUCGUGGCGGCCGAGUACCCCCGCAACUGGCCGCGCGUGCUCGCGGAGGUGGGCGCGUUGCUCCAGCAGCACGACGACGUGGCGGCCGUGCGCACCGGCGCGAUGUGUUUUGCGGAGCUCUGCCGCUCGUACCGCUGGACCGAGAACCGCGAGCGCGAGGCGGAGCUCGACCCCAUCAUCUCGCAGGUGUUCCCGCACUUGCUCGCGGUGGGCGACGCGGUGUUGCUGCUGGACGUGUCGGAGCUCACGGCGGCCAUCGUCAAGCACAUCUUGAAGGCGUACAAGUUCGUCACGUACUUCGACAUGCCGCGCGUGCUCCAGCUGAAAGACGCGUUGGCCGCGUGGGGCGACUUCCACUGCCGCGUGGCGUGCCUCGACGCCCCUGCGUACCUCCGGGCCGCGGCGCUGGACCUGGAGCGGGCGCAGACGCAGCUCGCGCGCUGCCACAAGUGGGCCGUGGCCAACAUGGAGCGGCUCUUCCGGCGCUACGCGUCGCGUGGCCUCUCGCUGAAGCGGGACAUGGCGGGUUUCCGGCGCGUGUUCGUGGCGGACUUCAUCCCGCACGUCGUGGCCAUCUACUUGGACCUUUUGGGCGGCUGGUGCCGCGGCGAGCGCUGGCUCUCGAGCGCGGCCGUGUACCACGUGCUCGACUUCCUCAGCCACUGCGUGACGCAGAAGGAGGCGUGGCGGCUCCUCGAGCCGUGCUUCGAGGACAUCGUGGCGCACUUCGUGUUGCCCGUGCUAUGUCCGUCCGCCGCCACGCUCGAGCUCUUUGACGUGGACCCCGCGGACUACAUCAACUCCAAGUUGGACAACUUUGACGACCUGGAGCCGGACGUGGCGGCCUUGGGGCUCUUGGUCACGCUCGUGCUGAAGCGCAAGAAGACCACGGCCGCGCCCAUCGUGGCGUUGGCCGUGCGCCAGCUCGCGGCCUUGAAGGCCGCGCCCGCGGGCUUGGAAAACGCCCGCCACACCGACGGCGCGUUGCGCUUGGUGGGCGGCAUCUCGCACGUGCUCACGGCCGCGGGCUCGCCGUACCUUGCGCAGAUGGAGGCGUUUAUGGCCGAGUUCGUGUUGCCGCACUUGGACUCCGCCCACGACUUCCUCCGCGCACGCGCGUUGGACGUGUGCGCCAAGCUCGCGGACGUGUCCUUGCAGGACCCGGCCACGGUGCAAGCGUUGUACCGGGGCAUCCUCCGCGCGUUUACGGCCGGCGCCGGCGACGCCGUCUGCUUGCCCGUGCUCUUGCAGAGCGCGUUGGCCGUGCAGGCGUACCUCCCGCAACAGCUGUUCCGCGAGGCGUUGGCGCCGCUCAUCUUGCCCGCCAUGGCCAAGUUGCUCGAGCUCUCCAACGAGAUCGACAACGAGGCCGUGUCCGUGGUGAUGCAGGAGUGCGUGGAGAGCUUUGCGCCGCAGCUCCAGCCGUUCGGCAUCGACUUGAUGGCCAGCCUCGUGGCGCAGUUCUUGCGCUUGGCCGCGGAGAUCAAGGACGCCGCCGCCGUGGAGCCCGACGACUACGACGCCGACCACAGCGACGCACUCUCCGACAAGAUCACCGCGGCGCUCGGCUUGUUGAACACCAUGAUCACCGUGUUGUUGUCUUUCGAGAACUCGCACGACGUGUGCGUCCAGUUGGAGCAGGCAUUUGCGCCCGUCAUCGAGUACGUGUUGGUGCACCAGUUGGACGACUUCAUCGCGGAGAUCGGCGAGUUGAUCGAAAACUCCAUCUUCCUCCUCCGCGCGGUCACGCCGUUGAUGUGGUCCCACUUCCCGCGCUUGGUCGACCUGUUCUUGCAGGGCGUGGCCGUGAUGUAUGCCGAGGACAUGGUGCCGUGCCUCAAGAACUACAUGGUGUUCGGCGCCGCGGCGCUCGCCCACAGCCCGCCGCUCACCGCCAAGUUCAUGCUGUUGAUCGCCUUGAUCAGCUCCGGCGACGACGGCUCGCCCGACUACACGGAAACCGCGCUCGCCUGCGACUUGGGCCAGACCUUGGUUCUCGCGUUGCAGCAAGCCUCGCCGCCCGUCAUUGCCGAGCUUUGCCGCACGCUCUUGCCCGUGCUUGCGCCGGGCAACGACGACCCGGCCCACCGCAACGACUCCUUGCGCAUCUCCCUGGUCGACUUCCUCAUUGCCUGCUUGAUGUACGACUGCCCCACCACCGUGCGCAUGCUCCAGGAGUCCCAGUACUUGGACGCGUUCUUCGACCUGUGGCUCGGCUUGGUGCCCCAGCCCAAGCGGGUCUACGACGUCAAGUUGUUCAUCUUGGGCUUCAUGCGCAUAUCCAACAGCCCCGACGUGGCUGCCGCGGCCCCGUCGCUCACGUCUCGCGUGGGCCCUAGUCUCGCCGCCCUCUUCAAGGAAUUGCCCAAGGCGCUCAAGAACUUGGACAAGCAGCGCGCCGAGUUCAACGAAAACGACUUUGUCCAUGACGACGCUUUCGGCGCCGACUUUGCCGACUUCGACGACAACGACGCCCUCGACUCCGACAACGCCGACGCCGGCGACGCCGGCGACGCGGGCAUCGACAACUACCGCGCUUUCCUUGACCAUGAGACCAAUAAGCUCAUGGGCUCGGGCUUCGAGGACGACGAUCAGAUCAUCGAGGACGUCUUGGGCGCCACCCCGCUCGACAACGUGGACCCGGUGGUUGUGUUCCGCGACUUCGCCACCUCGUUGCAGGAAAACAACCCACCGCUCUACGCGGCCAUCUUCGACAACAUCAGCGACAGCGAUAGACAGGUGCUUGUUGAUGUGUUCAAGACGCAGUAGGGGCCCGGGCCGUUUGCUCAAGCACGCCUUACGUACGCUUCCGCUUUGCGCUGAAAUUCCAUACUAUCUGCGCGUCUAUUUGCCGGUGCCCGGCUCGCUAUCCGGACCCUUUGUAUUUUUUAAAGUCGCAGUAUUCAUUACCUGAAGUCGUAGUGUUCAUUGCCUGAAGUCGUAGUAUUCAUUACCUGAAGUCGCAGUAUUCAUUACCUGAAGUCGU